AUGGAACAAAUCGCAACCAUCCACAGAGGGCAGCUGCCAGGCGGUGUCCUCACUGAGGCCCAUGUCCUAGCUGGUUAUCACUACUGUAGAGGGCAGUUGCCAGGCGGUGUCCUCACUGAGGCCCAUGUCCUAGCUGGUUACCACUACUGUAGAGGGCAGUUGCCAGGCAGUGUCCUCACUGAGGCCCAUGUCCUAGCUGGUUAUCACUACUGUAGAGGGCAGUUGCCAGGCAGUGUCCUCACUGAGGCCCAUGUCCUAGCUGGUUACCACUACUGUAGAGGGCAGCUGCCAGGCGGUGUCCUCACUGAGGCCCAUGAUCUUAGUGCCACAUCACUAGCUGGUUAUCACUACUGUAGAGGGCAGUUGCCAGGCGGUGUCCUCACUGAGGCCCAUGUCCUAGCUGGUUAUCACUACUGUAGAGGGCAGUUGCCAGGCGGUGUCCUCACUGAGGCCCAUGUCCUAGCUGGUUAUCACUACUGUAGAGGGCAGUUGCCAGGCGGUGUCCUCACUGAGGCCCAUGUUCUUAGUGCCACAUCACUAGCUGGUUAUCACUACUGUAGAGGGCAGUUGCCAGGCAGUGUCCUCACUGAGGCCCAUGUCCUAGCUGGUUCCCACUACUGUAGAGGGCAGCUGCCAGGCGGUGUCCUCACUGAGGCCCAUGUUCUUAGUGCCACAUCACUAGCUGGUUAUCACUACUGUAGAGGGCAGUUGCCAGGCAGUGUCCUCACUGAGGCCCAUGUCCUAGCUGGUUCCCACUACUGUAGAGGGCAGCUGCCAGGCGGUGUCCUCACUGAGGCCCAUGUUCUUAGUGCCACAUCACUAGCUGGUUUGUGUUUCUCUUUCGUGUACAGUGUUUUGUUUCACAGGUACUCACUGCCAUGCCGCUCCUGUUGCUGCUGCACUGUAUCAUACUGUGUCAUCGUGAUUAGGGGUGUGUCCCGAAUACCACCGUGCUCCCUAUAUAGUGCACUACUUUUUACGGCGAGGUAAUUCUUACAUUUGGAUAGUCCAUCUACACUAACAAUGAAACAAUCUACUAACCCUAACCUUAACCCUUAUUGUAAACCUAACCCC